CUGACUACUGGAACUGUUCCCCGUAUUUCUCGCUGGAGGCUGUAUCCUGCUGUUUUUGGUUUAGCAAUUCAUACAGUUCUCGGCUCGCAACGGGGGCUCAAUGAAAAGUUGUACCUCGGCUUUCUAAGACCGGUGCAGCCCCAAGAAAAGUGUGCGCUGGAACGAUGGCCUCCUUUCGCACCCUACGUGGAUUAGACCUGUUAGGAGGUGCAACAGACGGAUUUUUAAAGAAGGUAAAGUACUCAGAUACUGCAUAAAUCCUAAAAGACUGCAAUAAAGUGGCAAUGUCUCGGGAACCCACCCCACCUCUACCUGGAGACAUGUCUGCUGGUCCUAUAGCAGAAAGCUGGUGUUAUACACAGGUUAAAGUGGUAAAGUUUUCCUACAUGUGGACCAUUAAUAACUUCAGUUUUUGUCGAGAGGAAAUGGGUGAGGUGUUAAAAAGUUCAACAUUUUCAUCUGGCCCAAAUGACAAAAUGAAAUGGUGCCUGAGGGUAAACCCAAAGGGAUUAGAUGAUGAAAGUAAAGACUACUUGUCCUUGUAUUUGCUUUUAGUCAGCUGCCCAAAAAGUGAAGUUCGAGCAAAAUUCAAAUUUUCCCUUCUGAAUGCUAAAAGGGAAGAAACAAAAGCAAUGGAAAGCCAAAGAGCAUAUCGAUUUGUGCAAGGGAAGGACUGGGGUUUUAAAAAAUUCAUUAGAAGGGAUUUUUUGCUUGAUGAAGCUAAUGGUCUUUUACCAGAUGACAAGCUUACAUUAUUUUGUGAGGUGAGUGUGGUCCAAGAUUCAGUAAAUAUAUCAGGACAUACUAAUACAAAUACUUUGAAGGUUCCUGAAUGUCGACUAGCAGAAGAUUUAGGUAAUCUCUGGGAAAACACAAGAUUUACAGAUUGCAGUUUUUUUGUAAGAGGACAAGAAUUUAAAGCUCAUAAAUCUGUGCUUGCAGCUCGUUCCCCAGUUUUUAAUGCAAUGUUUGAACAUGAAAUGGAAGAAAGCAAAAAGAAUCGAGUGGAAAUAAAUGAUGUAGACCCUGAGGUUUUUAAAGAAAUGAUGGGAUUCGUUUACACAGGGAAAGCACCAAACCUUGACAAAAUGGCUGACAACUUGUUGGCAGCUGCAGACAAAUAUGCACUGGAAAGGCUGAAGGUCAUGUGUGAAGAAGCUCUGUGUAGUAACCUCUCAGUAGAAAAUGUUGCUGAUACCCUUGUUCUUGCAGAUUUGCACAGCGCAGAGCAGUUGAAAGCACAAGCCAUAGACUUUAUUAAUAGGUGCAGUGUACUUCGACAGCUUGGGUGUAAAGAUGGGAAAAACUGGAACAGCAACCAAGCAACGGACAUAAUGGAAACAGCAGGGUGGAAAUCCAUGGUUCAGUCUCAGCCUCAUCUGGUAGCAGAAGCCUUCCGAGCACUAGCAUCUGCCCAGUGUCCGCAGUUUGGCGUUCCACGCAAACGACUAAAACAGUCCUGAAAUCUUCCAUGAACUGUAGAACAAUGGAAAUGAUUUUUACUCCUCCAGGUCCAGAAGGAUGCUAGUACACAAAGCAUAAGCAAGAGUUGUUUCUGUUUUCUUGUCCACGGAGCAGAAACUGAAAAAGCAUAUUGCUAGCUUUUCAGGUGGAUAAUUUAUGGUUUAUUCUUCAGCUUUAAAUUAGACUGAUUAUACUCUAAUUCACUUCAAGGCCUUAAAUUAUCUUCAAUGACUUCUCUUGUUCAUAUAAUACUUUAAUUUUUUUAUUGUGCCUUGUCAUUUUGACCAAGGCUAUGCAGGAUUGCACUAGCUCCAUAAUGCAGUAAUAUUGAUAACCGAAGAUAUUAAGUUUCAAAAGGAUCUUCCAUUAUUUUGAGGAAAACAAAAUGAAUUUUUAUAGGGUUUGUCCUAUGCUAUCUUUUCAAAGGUUAAAACUAGGUUCUCCUUAAAAGCACUUGUAUUGGAGAUUACCAAGAGUGUCUCCAGUCUAAGUUCUAUGAAUACAGGAGAAUCUGCUUACCUUCAAGGUAAGUUAUGGCAAUACACUGCUUCAAUUCUAAUUUAUUUUUCAUUUCAGGGGGCAAAUAUGCAAUGAAUUGGCCUGAAUUUUUAGUAAAAUUUGUGAUGUUUGUAUGUAACUGUUCAACAAACUAAGAGAAACAUAAACUUUUGCUUGUGUUUCUUUGUGGGUUUAUCCCAUGUUUACAAUGAAAGCAUGUUUUGUGCUGAAGUAAUUUUUUUUUUUUAAUUUAUAUGUACUGGGGGUGAAGUGGUUAAAAUACUCAGCUGCUAACCGAAGGGCUGGCAGUUGGAACCCAUCAGCCACUCACCCACCAACCGCUCCAUGGGAGAAAGAUAAUGGCAGUCUGCUUCCAUAAAGAUUUACAGCCUUAGGAACCCUACAGGGCAGUUCUACCCUGUCCUGUAGGGUUGCUAUGAGUCAGAAUCGACUCAACAGCAUUGAGUUUGGUUUUUUGGGUUUAUUGACCUACAUUUAUAUGAAGAAUUCUGUAGAUGUUAAAAGUAAGGACGACCAAAUGUAAAUUUAAUGAGUGGGCCAAUUAAGAAAGCUAUAUAUGCACUUUUGAUGUGUAACUUUUGUAUGCUGAAUGGUACAUAUAUUUUUUUGCUUUUGAGGGAAUUAAUAAGGUAUAAUCAAUUGUGUCUUAACUUUUGAAAGAAUUUUUUUUUAAGACAGAUGGCGGCAACUGGGUUGUUUGUGAUAAUAGAUAAGAAAGAUACCCUUGAUUAUAGUUAAAUUGGUUUGAAUUUCAGAUAUUCAUUAUUGAAUUCAUUCCUGUUUUAUCACACUUUGGGGAAGGCACCUGAACAAGAAGAAAUCCUGGACAGUCUACUCUCCUUCUAGAAACAAUGAACUGAUACUACAUGCCUGUGGGGUGUGCACGCUAAAGGAGAGAGCCCUUAGAGUAUGUCAGGGCACACUAUGAAACUUCUUUCCCCUACUUUUCCUUACUGUUUCAGUUACUGUACUAACAUUAUGGAUGAUGUUGAAAUUCUGCAUAAUGUGAACAGGAUAAACUAUUUAUAUAAACUGCUUUUCAUGGGCCAGUUCUUUCUCAUAAAUGAGUUUUAGCUUUAAACACAUACACCUGCUCAGUGUUUGAUAACCGUUCCCAGUGGCGGUCUGUUCCAGUGACCCUGUCCUGGAGAAGCAGGAGAGAUCAGUGUCAGGUCACUGCAUCUGCCUCGCCGUAACAGGGACCGUAUGCCUCUUAGGUGAGAUUUCUGUUUGACCACAAGGGAAGAAGUGUGUCACUGGAAAAAGAAAUGCGUAUGCCUAUAUAUAUGCCUAUAUAACUGUAUUCUUCAGAUUAAAAUUUGUAUCAUUUGUUUAUUUAGUGUUUGAAUUCAGGACAAAAGGAAAAAAAUGAAGCUUGAGGUUUUAAACUAGAUUUUAUUUUUGCUGUCUUGUUAUUAGGUAUUCACUGAAGCUGUUCUGUCAAAAGAGUGAUUCAUAUUUACAGUGAAAAAACACUGUCAGAUGAGCAUUUGUUAUCCACAACGAACUGGAGUUUGAAAAGAUCAUAUUUUCAGAUAUCUUAGUUUCUUUCUGUGUAGUUCAGUUGAAUCUGUUAUUUUAACUUAUAUUUGAGAUUGGAAGAAUCCCUUGGGCUAGAGGAAAGAUUUUUACCAGUUAAUAGACUCUAUCGUAUGGGGUUCAGAAGCUCACUUUCUUAACUCCACUCUAAGAUUGAGCCCAUUAAGUUUACAGUAUGAAAUUUAAAACAGACACAUACACUUUUAAUUUAAGAACUUGCUAGGGUCUUACAAGAAAAAAAUGCCUUCCUCAGGCUAUAGAAUUUUGUCAUCGUAUAUUAUAAAAAUACUGGUGUCUCCAUUUAUAUCAAACGCACACAGGCACAUUGUCAAUGAAUUCACUGCUAGAAUCUGCAGCUCUGGCCACAGUGACUUCAGUGAUAACACGGUAUUAUGAACAUUUCAGCUUGUCCUUACUUUAAUGUUUAUUGCAAAUCUUAAGGAUUUUAUUUUUUUUUUUUUAAGUAGCAAAUUUUUUACCAAAAAUGUCAAACACUGUGCUGUAAAUGUAAGAAUAUCCACAUUUGUAGAAAUGUCCACUUUUUAAGUAAUAUAAUGCCUACCAUUUUACUAACAGAAUCGUAUACGACUUGAUUUAUUUUUUUAUUUAUUAUGUAUAUUUUUGGUAUUGUGGGUUCUUGAGGCAAUGAUAAAAAAACUGUUUAUUCUGAAAUGAGUACUCUAAUAGCUUUUUUUUUUUUCUUUUUAAAGUUUUAGACCACACACAUUGUUUUCAGUAGAAACAGAUUCUGUCCAGAACAGUCUUGCCUUUUGAACUAUCUGCCUGCUCCUGGUUCUCUUUUGUCACCUAAACAGGGCUUCUCCUUAGAAAUGUAGUCAGUGGUUUUCAGUGUUACAUAUUAUAAAAAUAACCAUUGGAGAACUGUUCUUUAGUGUAAGAUUAGGAAACACUAUAUUUGUGCCUUUUUUUCUUUUUCAAUUUUAACAUGCAUUGGUAUUUGGAGCACAAAUAUGAAGGUGCCAUAAAUUAUGGCUUGCCAAUGUUACCUCCUUGAAUACUCGUGUCAUUGUCUUGAAAUAGUAAUUGGAGAACAUUGCAUGUAUUAUGUGGUCAUUUGUGUCUGGGUGUGUGUACGUACGUGUGCGUGUAUACAUAUUCGCUUGUGUGUGGUAUGUUCAAAAGAAUGAGUUUCUGAAAAUAGGACUCAAUUAAAUGUUGAAAGUUCAGGUUGGUUGAAAUAUUUCAUUUAAAUGUGCUUUAUUUUGGGGACAGCUGAUAGAGGAAAUUAUAAUUCUCAAAAAUGUGACCAAUUUACUGCAUGAUGAAAUGUGAAAACAGUGCCUUUUUAGGACAUCAGUUGUAAAAUUAAGUUUAAAGAUAUUAACGAUCUCUUAAAAAGUUGUCAUUAACAUUAUUGGCUUAUUUUUAAACUAGACCUAAGUUAGUGCUUAAAUUAUAUAAAGUAUGAUUACUAAUUUACGUGCCCCUUUGAUUUUUUGUGCAAAAUUUAAAAUCUAAGAAUUCUUUAUAAAAUCAUAGUUGCUACCCAGUGUUUCUAAGUGGAACAGGAAUUUUGUUGAAUAAAGUUUUGUGAAAAUCCAACUCAACAAGCUUUUUUCAUAGUCAUGUGUACCUGAAGAAGUGAAUUAUUCUAACUUGGACAUUUGUAUUCUUCUUUUGAUGGAUAAAAUAAACAUACUCACUACUCUGUCAGAAUCAGGUGGAUGGUGGGUUUGUUGCAGUGUUCUCAGGCUGUGAAGACAGCACUUUCAGCACACACACAAGUGUUUCCGAAGCCUUUUCUGUACAGAUUAUGAGCUCUGCUUUAUUUAAGUGUUCAUGGAAUGAUGUAAGUUUUAGGUCCAGUUGAACAAAUAUUGAGUGCCUACCAUAUGCAAGACUUCCUCUUCACUAGGAAUGAAAUCACCAUACUGUGUCUUCUGUUGGCAGUAUGUGGACUUUGUGUUUGAAAAGAAAUUCUUAUAUUUAAAUCUUUUUCUUUUAGAGUUUAUCAUUGUAUACUGUACCCCAGUUAAUUUUGAAUUCAGGUUUUUAGAAUGAAGAUAGAACUUAAGUGAGUCCCAUUUUUUGAAAAUAAAAUUAUGCUAAGAUUAUUUAAAAAUUAGUUAUGGGGGGAACUGGUUUUCGAGGUUCACAUGUGUAAAGACUUAAAAUGAACUUUUCAGCCUCAUUUUUAAUCAGUUGAUGUUAAGGGUGAGAUACAUACUUUUUGUAUCUUGUUGCUGAAAAUAUUUUUUGCAUUUCAGCGUGUCGAGUUGAAAUAAACUUGUUACUACUUAUUCAGAAUAA